AUGUCGUGGCCCAAUGAUCAACACUCUCGGAGACGCGGCGUAUGGAGCCAUUGGGUGCCGCUUGCAGUCACUGUGACUGUUGCGACAGUCGGUCUGGCAGCUUGGGUUUGGAGUCAGCGCAAAGAUGAGGACGAAACUCCCGAGAGCGAACAGUACCCCGACCUCGACUACGACAAUGCCGACUAUGGCGACAAUCCCGCAUACGGCACUGCCCGGGGACCGAAGCCCCCCCGAGCAAUGUGGGGACCGAAACAUAUGGCACCGCCGACGGAUCUCGAGACCCAGCGGCAGUUCUUUGAGUCCGCUGGAAAGACCGUCACCGCAGGCGUCGCUGCGGCUGGCGCUGUUGCCGGCCGUGCCCUUGCAGCUAUCCGCGAGGAGGACAAGAACGCGUACGCCGACCAUGAGACCUGGUCUGAGGAGGCAGACGCCAGAAAGGAACGAACAUCCGGGCCUAGGGACCCGAGCAAACGGCGGAGGACAGUCGCUGUUGUCGUGUCUGCCGAUAGCCAUGCAGAUGAUUUUGACGAGGAUGGGUUCCAUGAACAUGCUCCGUCGUCCCACGCAUAUCUGACCAUUGUGCAGUCCAUCUUGUCGCAUAUCCCGCGCUACAAUGAUUUUAACAACAUUAAACUCUUCGUGUUGAUCUAUGCGCCGGGUCUUAAGGAGACUACUGGUGAAUCUACGAGUAACCUUCCGCCACCUUCGUUGAGCUCGUCGUUCUCUAACAUUGAGCACCACCAAGCCCAGACGCCUGGCGAGGAGUCGUCAAAGAGUCCGUUGAUGCACGCUUCAUCUAACAACCCUGCAUUCAACGCCGUUUACUCCCAGGCACUGGCUUUGGUUGAGAAGGAGACUAUGGUCAUGCCCUUCACCACGCCCAACGGCCACAACCACAUCCUCCGUCAUUUGCAACCUGAGAUUAUCUAUCUUCAGGAGAGUCUGGCGGGUGAGAACGGCAGUGUAGUCUCCAACCUGCAGACUUGGCUGCGUCACGACAUCAUCCUGGUUGUCGGCGCAGAAAGUGGCCAUGGUGGCCUCGCUGACAGCGAGUCGGAAGCCGAGAGGCCCGACAAGGAAGAGAAGUGGUGGCAGCGAACGGACCGUGUUGGGCGGGGCAGGGGCGUGGUUGUUGUUGACGGCAUGAGGGUCCACGACGACUGGGCCCGCCGUGUCCAGGGCAAGGAGUAA